GCGUGCGGGUGGGCCGGUCGCGCGAGAGACGAGUUCAGUUCGUUUUAACGUCGGGCAUCGCGUGCGGUUUUUGCUCAGCUGUCGUCGUCGUCGUCGUCGUUGUUGUCGUCGCAGUUGUCGUAUAGCGGUUUUUCGUCUCGUCGUCUUUUCGAAAUUUUGUUUUACCCCUCGGCCGACUUAUCCACGUGCGAAUCUAAAAAAACAUGAAAAAAUUUUUAUAGAUUGUUUGAUAUUAAUAAUUUUGAAACCUAUUGUGAAUUUUCGAGAAAUUGAUCGUAAUUUCGAACGAAAUUAUCGUUUAUUGUCAUCUCGAUUUUGGACUCUUUCAGUACGAAAUCUGACGGCCGAUUGGCCUACACAUUAUGCACGUGUGUGAGUACGUACACAUUUACCUUCCGACGUUACACACACAAUUUUGACCCCAUCAAAAUGUAUGGAGAAUUUAUGGAAAUAGAAGUGUAACAGGAAAUUUCUGUCGACUCAAUUAGUGCCUAAACAAAGAUCAUUGUUGAAUAAUUAUCCAAGUGCAGUUAGCAUUCAAAGCCGCUCAUUAUGUAGAUAUUUAACCCUCGUUAGGUCGGGCAACAUAAUAUAUAACGAUCGUCUCAUCCGAUCAUGCUUCCGGCGUGACGGGCCGCCGAUGCGGCGAUGACGGCGACCUCCAGCGUGACCUGAGUGGCCGGCCGGUUAUGCUCGGGUCGGCGUACCCGGAUGUCGUUUAAAUGGACGGCGUCAACGUCACGGCCGCAGUGUACGAGCACAGCAACGAGACAGCAGUGGUUAGGAACGCGACCACCGCCGCCGGGCCGCCGUCAACGUACACGGCGCUGGAAGCGUUCACCAUCGGUUCCGUGUUGUUCCUGGUCAUCGUGGUCACCAUCGUCGGCAACGUGCUCGUCUGCAUAGCCGUGUGCCUGGUCCGCAAGCUCCGGCGCCCUUGCAACUAUCUGCUCGUGUCGCUGGCCGUGUCCGACCUGUGCGUGGCCCUGCUCGUCAUGCCCAUGGCCCUGCUCUACCUGGUCCUGGGCAAAUGGCCGUUCGGCACGUUCAUGUGCGACCUAUGGGUGUCGUUCGACGUGCUGUCGUGCACCGCGUCCAUACUGAACCUGUGCAUGAUCAGCGUGGACCGGUACUACGCCAUCACCAAGCCUCUGGAGUACGGCGUGAAGCGGACGCCCCGCCGGAUGUUGGUUUGCGUGUCGCUGGUGUGGCUGGGCGCGGCGUGUAUUAGCCUGCCGCCGGUGCUCAUACUGGGCAACGAGCACUCGACGGUGGACGGUGUACCGCACUGCACCGUGUGCCAGAACUUCGGUUACCAGAUUUACGCGACGCUGGGAUCGUUCUACAUACCGCUGACCGUCAUGAUCACCGUGUACUACAAGAUCUUCCAGGCCGCCCGCAAGAUCGUGCUGGAGGAACGGCGGGCGCAGAGCCACCUGGAGAACAGCCACUGUUACCUGGAGAUCAGCGUCAAGAACGGCGUCGGCCCGGUCGAGUCGAAAAUCGCCGCCGCCGCGCCGCCGGAACGCGGCCAACACGAUCACCGGGCCAGCAGCAGCGCCAGCACCGUCACCACCUGUAGCGGAACGAUAGGAAGCGGUGCACGUGGCGGUGACGGAUGUCGGUGCUGUUCGAUGGUGCGCCGGUCGGUGGGCGAGUAUCAGUGUCCUGUGCUGAUGGUGGUGCCCAGCAACGGCCACAACGCUGGCCGUCCGGCGGCCGCGGCCACCAAGAAGCCCGAGUCCGGCGGCAAGAAGCUCAGGUUCCAGCUGGCAAAGGAGCGGAAAGCGUCCACCACGCUGGGCAUCAUCAUGAGCGCGUUCACCGUGUGCUGGUUACCGUUCUUCGUGCUGGCGCUGGUCAGGCCGUUCCUCAGCGACCCGUCCAGCAUACCCAGCUCGCUGAGCAGCCUGUUCCUGUGGCUGGGCUACGCCAACUCGCUACUCAAUCCCGUGAUCUACGCCACGCUGAAUCGAGACUUCCGAAGGCCGUUCCAGCAAAUACUGUACUUCAAGUGCGGCUCGCUGAACCACAUGAUGCGCGAGGAAUUUUACCAUUCGCAGUACGGCGACCCGGAGCCGCAGCACUCCACACACUAUUGCGUGAUACCCGGAGAGCCGAACAUCGUGCCUCACCAUCCGUCCCCUACCAAGCCGGACGACACGCGGACCACAGAUUCCAAUCAACAGACGUUGGCGUCGGAGUCGUUCCUCUAGUGACUCACGUUUAUCACGACCGCGACAACACAUUAAUGAUAACAUAUUAUAAUAAUUAUUCGUUGGGCUCGGCUCGGCACACCUAUAUAGCAAAAUCGGUAGUUGCACCGCCCCCCCGGUGAUGGUCGAUAAUAAUAAUAUAUUAUAAUUAUUAUAAAACAAUAAAUGUACCCAAGCCGCAAAACGAUGAUAAUAUUGUGUUUUCCCAAUUUUACCGAUUCGUUUAGACUUUUUCGAUUCGGUCCACGUUAAACGGUAAUCACCCGAACGUCAAAUACUGCAAAAACGAUAAAACAUAAUAUAUAAUUCAUUGUAACAUAAACAUUAUAAUAUAUUAUAUAUAAUCAUUUAUACAUUAUCUGUUUUUGUUUUUACGAUCGCGCAAUAAACACUAGAUUGAAAUUCACGGUUUGAUAAUAAAUAAUAUUACAAAAUCGUCCCGGAGUUUGACGUAAAUGUUUUUAACCGUAAUUAUCUUCAAUUAUAUAAUAUCGGAAACAUUUUUCAAUGUUUUGAUGGUAUUUUGACAACUACGUGAUCAAAGAUGUAAUGUGUAAUGAAUGUGAAAAUUUAUGUUAUAUUACCUAAUUGAUUUUGUGUAGUCUGUGUCUUCUGUUGUAAUCACUUUAAUAUAUAUUUAUCCAUACGCAUUGCGCUUCUAAUACGUAUGUAUAGGUAUUGAUUUAUUUUCACUGAACUACUGUAAUAAAAUUGUAUACUUUCAAUCAAUUUUAAUUUUUCGGUUAGUUAUUUUUAUAUUCCAUUCUAUGUUGAAAAACGCAUUUGGAAAAUAAUAUUCAGCAACUCAUUUCUUGAAAAUAUGCAAAUAUAUUACAAAAAUAUGUUUCUUAUAAUUUUAAGUAAGCUUAAUAUAAUAUCCAAAAUAUGCACUAUGCAGAAAAUAAUAAGAAAUUAGACGCACCGAUUACUCAUGGAUACAGAUUUAAAAAAAUUAAAAAUAUAUAUAUGUAUAUAUAUAUAUAUUUAAUAAUCACAAAUGCUAUUUUCAAUAUUGAAUUAAGUUAAGUUACCUAUUGAUUUUAAAAUGUACGAUGUAGCAAAUAAUAUAAUUCUUUAUUAAAAAUGUUCACCAAAUGUUUAUAAAAUAAUACUGAUGAACAGAUAAAUAAAAAUGAUAUUUUAAUAAAGUAUUAAAUAGCAAGACUGUUUUUAGUCGUGUUGAAUUUAAAUUAAUUUUGCAAUGAUUUAUAAAAUGAACAACAAAAUUCAACAAAUUAAUAAUAGUUAUUAUCAGAUUAUUAUAGUAUUAAAACAUUUUUAGAUAGUAUAUACGUAUAAUAUGGUCAAGAAAAAUAUAAAUUUUUCUUCAUUGGAGUACCUAUUAACACACGAAUUGUUUGAAAUAUAAAUUUACUUUUUAAGAAGACAUAUUAAAUAAAUGUGAAUAAAAUAACUCAGAUAGAUAUUUUAAUUAUAAAUACCAUAAAUACUGCAGAACUUCAGUUAUUUUACAGUAAAACAGUAGUUCAGGGAAAAAUGUAAAGUUAUGUUCUUAAAGUAUUUAUUUAUUUUUUAUUUUAAAGAGUUAUUAUGCUUGUAUAAAUUAAAAUUUCAUUUAAAUCGUGUACAUUUUAUUUAGUAAACUUUAAAAAUUAUGAGAUUUGAAUUCUGUGUAAUUAUUGUGAUAGAAUGUGUAUUAUAUUAUUACCAACUAAGGGAAAAUAAAUUGUAAAAUCAAAAUAAUAAUAAUAAUAAUAAGCAAAAGUAUUAUAAUUUCUGAAAUGUGAAAAAAUAAUAAUAAUUAAUUAUAUAAAUAAUAAUAAUACACAAAAAUAGACGAACACACAAACACAUAUUCAGAUUGUAUAAUACCUUAUAGGUAAUAUAAUACAUAACACGCCGAAUUUUUUUUGUUUGUUUAAAAUUUAUAGUAAGUUUAUUAUGUUGUGUAUAAUACGCUUAUAAUCUUUUAACAAUAUAUAUAUAUAUAUAUAUAUAUAAAUAUAUACAUUAUACAUUAUAUGUCGAUAAUUUCACGUUACCAUUUACAUAUUAUGUGCUCGGAUUUAUUAUUAUUAUUAUUGAUAUUUGGUGAAAUUAUUAUUCAAGUCUUGUGUUCGAACAUUAUACCUUUUGUUGUUUAUGUAAUAAAGAGCGAGUGCAAUUGUGUUGAAAAUUAA